AUGUCGUCUUUAGAAUUUCCUGAUCUAGUCUAUCCAGAAUAUUUAAUUUGCAAUGAUCAACCACAUGAAAUCUUACUUGAUCAAUGGCCAACAACAACCAUGGAUCUAGCAGUGGAUAAAAAUUUUGUUAUGCAAAAAAUUAGUUCAUCUCAAUAUGCAUCUACUCUUCGAGCAGCUGCACCGCCGUUUGCCUAUUCCAUUGCAACAGAAGAUUUGACUCAUAUGAAUAAAUAUACAUUAUCGACAAAAUAUAAAAAUAACUCUAAUCGUCUUAUUGCUAAACAUAAUCAUCUGAUCUAUGUUACUAAAAAAAAUCAAUUAAACAUACAAUCAUUACUGAAUAAUACAUACGAUGAUCUUUGGUCAAAUACAGUCGAACAUUUAUCUCAUGGCGAACAACGCAGACAUACUAUACAAUCAUCAACGUCUAUUAAACUACUAGAUUGUACUGUAGAAGACGAACAAAUAUUAAAUAUUGCUCUUGCAGAUCAGAAAGGAUUAUCUUUUUAUUCCUAUAGUCCGACAACAGAAACAUCUACUCUUGCAUCUCAUAUUGAAACACCUGAACAUACAUCAAUUCUUUCUCUAUCUUUCAAUCCAUACAUUCCGUCAAAUGCUAUACUUAUUGAUAAAAACCAUCGAACCUAUUUAUUAGACGAUGGUAUAUUUACGUAUCUUCAUCAGCAGACUGAUGAAAAAACAUUUCUAUCAGAUACUCCUCGACAAGUCUAUCUCGAUUGGGAUGCUUCGCCGUUUUUAUAUACAAUAGCUGAUAGUCAUCAAGGUUCUUGUCUUCUAUUCGAUAUACGUUUACGAAAUGAAUCUUUUAAAGAAAUCUUUACUAUUGGUAAUCAUCAUCCAUAUUUGGCUAAAACAGAAAUUAUUCGAGGCUACAAAACAAGUGCAGUGAAUCCAUAUCAACAUGUUUUUAUUACUGAUUAUUCAUUAAUUAUAAUCGAUUCCCGAAUGGCAAAUAGACCUGCUAUACAUUCUCAUCAUGAAUUGUUACGACCGCCCACAGCUUUUACACAAAUGAGAUGCAACGACCAACAUAUUAUUUUUAUCAAUGAUGAAUUCAAUACCAAUGUACUUGAAUAUAAUACUGAUACGCAUCGUCGUUUGAUUCAAGUUUGUCCUUCGUGGGAACUGUGUCCUAUGUCGAAUAGUCGAAUUUAUUUAAUAAAUAACAAUAAUCACACGAAUGAAGAGUUACUAUUUGCUAAAUCAAUUUAUUUUGAUAUUCCAAUACGUGAUAUGGCGGCUGUACCGAAUCCAAACAAUACAAAAUCUUUUCUUCUUUUUCAAUUGAACAGUACCGGUAAUAUACAUGUACAACCUUUUAAUGAAUCCAUAGAUAAAAAUGAAGAAAAAACUUGGAAUCCUGAUCCAGACGGUUUAUUAAAACAACCUCCGGAUUGUUUUCGAAAUGCAAAUGACUAUUGGUCAAAGAAAUUUUCAUUACUUUUUCAAUGUCCGGCUUGUUUAACAUACAAUAGUGAACCGACAAAUUUCACAAUUGUAACACCUUUAAUUGCCAUGACAAAAACAUCCUUACGCGAUUUUUCAACAUUUCAAAAUGAACAUAAAUCUACAGAGAAAGUUAUACCAGCUGAGCUUUUCGACUGUCCGACAUGUGCUUGUUUGCCGAUGCUCGACACUCCCGGGCAACUAUCGCGUGCACAAAAUUGGAUACAAGAUUGGAAAUCAAAAUUAGAUGAUAUACAGCAAGAGUCCAUUGACACGCCUCAGUCAACAACGUACAAUUGGCGAAAGAUAUUCGAUUAUGAUGAACUGAAUGAAACAAAUAAAGAUUCCGAAUUAUGGAAUGAAAUCCAUCGGCCAUGGUGGCCAGCUCAAAAUAGUACUGAAGAUGAUCUAGUGAAACAGUCGUUACAAUGA